AUGAGUUCAUCUACAAAGCUUAAUCUUGAUUCUUCCGAGGUAGAAGUGAGUACAACUUUGUAUAGGAGCAUUAUUGGGAGCUUACUCUAUCUUAUAGCAAGUAGACCGGAUAUUGCUUUUAGUGUGGGAGUUUGUGCUCGAUAUCAAGCUGCUCUGAAAGAAUCCCAUUUGACAGCGGUGAAGCGAAUCAUAAGAUAUGUCAAUGGCACUCUGGAUUAUGGCUUGUGGUACUCAAAGGAUUCUAAUGCUUACCUUGCAGGCUAUUUAGAUGCAGAUUGGACUGGAAGUGUGGAUGACCGGAAGAGUACCUCAGGUGGCUGUUUCUACCUUGGGAACAAUCUUGUCUCUUGGAUGAGCAAGAAACAAAAUUUCGUGUCUCUCUCUACGGCAGAAGCAGAGUACAUAGCUGUUGGGAGUUGCUGCACAUAA